CAACUGGCAGGUCCGACUAAUCGCCAUGGCGGUCCAUGAGGUCCAGAUCUUCCAGAUGGGCAUCGGAGCCCAGUUCGAACGCCUCACAUAUCGAGAGAAACGAUAUGCGCAUCAUCUGGCUCGGUCUGCUUGGCUGGGUGCAAGAAUUGUUCUCGAACAGGUCUCUCCAGAGUCGCGACCAAUAUUUGAUUUCAUUUUGGAGCUCUAUCGCGACUGCUCCGGCGACUGGCAUUCACUUGUUGGGCCUGACGUCAGCAGCGACAGCCUCCACGCUGUUUUGACCUAUGCCGCCACGUUUCUCUCCAACAUUGGGAACUACUAUGGCUCUGGUGAUCAAAAGUUCACUCCCGGGGCUGAUGAUGCCGUUUUCCGCGCACUAGCGAGGAGGUCCCCGACGCUGUCGGACUUGUAUGACAACAUAGCCAAACCUAUCAAGGCCAUUCCGCCUUUCAGCCUCGGGUAUCCCAGCGACGAUACGCAAAGUAAUUACUACCCGAGUGGUAAUGUUGAGAAGGAGGAAAUCACGGCAAUUUCCAAGGUCCUCGAAGAGAAUGGUAUCUUCCCCGAGAACACGAGGAUUCGGAAGCGAGGUGACCACAAGGGCUUCGAUGUCCUCCUUGCCUCAGUGAAAGGAGGAGACUUUGCGCACUUUCCUCUCCCUGACGACAAUGGCAGUGUCAGGCUUGUAGGAGGGGAUUACUCUACUGAUCUAGAGCGUGUAUGCGCUGAGCUUACGGAAGCGUCCAAAUGGGCCGCUAAUGAUACACAACGAGACUUCCUCAAGCUGUAUGUCGAAAGCUUCCAGACUGGCAGCCUUGACGCGUACCGCGAGGCUCAGCGAAUAUGGGUCCGCGACAAAGCGCCGAGGGUUGAGAACAUCUUUGGCUUCGUAGAGCCAUAUCGCGAUCCGCAUGGGGUCAGGGCCGAGUUUGAGGGUCUGGUGGCCAUUGCGGACCACGAAGAAACCAAGCUUCUUGCUAAGCUGGUUCAACAUUCUGACACUUUCAUUCGCCGACUGCCCUGGGCAACUCCGGAAAACAAUGGGAAGGGCCCUUUUGAGAAAGAUCUUUUCGAACCGCCGGACUUCUCAAGCAUACAUGCGCUUGCAUAUUGCUCGAGCAUCAUAUUUCCAGGGAUUAACUUGCCGAAUUACAACGAUAUUCGGCAGGAUGAUGGAUUCAAAAACGUCAUCAUUUCCAAUCGGAUGGUUGCUGAGAGCCAAGCACAGCAGUACCCUUUCAUUGACGCUUCUGAGCUGGACCGUUUCAAGGCACACAAGUCCUCGGCCUACUACUGGUGGGUUGUGCUCCACGAGCUCCUCGGCCACGGCACAGGGCGGAUGAUGGUCGAGACAGGGAACGGAAAGUUCAACUUUGACAUCGAAAACCUACCCGUAAAUCCCAUCACGGGGAAGCCCAUUUCCAGCUGGUACAAGCCAGAUCAGACUUGGACUGGCUUGUUUGGAGACCUUGCAACCACAGUCGACGAAUGCAGAGCCGAGCUCGUUGGCGCUUACUUGAUGGAUGAUCCAGAGCUUCUCGGCCUGUUCGGCUUCAAUGAGGACUCUGACAUACGCGCUGAGGACUUGACCUACAACUUGUAUCAACAGCUGGGCGUUGAUGGGUUGCGAGGACUAUCCAACUUCAAUGUGCAGAGUGGAAAAUGGGGCCAAGCACAUAGUCGGGCUCAUUUUGCCAUACUCAAGUGGUUGCUACUCCAUGGCGACGGCGUAAUUGUCAUCAUCCAUGACAAGCCGGAGCAACGUCUCACAGUCAACGUUCAACAUUCCAAGAUACGCACGCAUGGAAAGCCGGCACUAGGACGAAUGCUCUUGCAGUUGCACAUGUUCAGAUGCACAGCCGACGCCGAAGGUUGUCGUAUGUUCUACGAGGAUCUGUCCAAGGUGGACACAGAAUACAUGGAAUGGCGAGAGACCGUCCUCGCAAACAAGCCACCUCCCAUGAUCUUUGUUCAUGCUAACACAUUUCUCGAUGGAGAAAAGGUUACGUUGAAGGAGUAUGAGCCAACACUGGAGGGUAUUCUCACAAGCUGGGCGGAACGGAGGGUGUGAGAGAAGUUUGAGCAUUCUGUACGAGAGCUACUACUCUGACACAUGCAUUUCUCUACUCACCCAUAGGAUCGUGUUUGUCAAGCAGCCCAGGCCGUCAGCCAAGCCGUCAAGGCAGCCUAAGCCGUUAAGACAGGCAAGACAGGCAAGACAGGCAAGACAGGCAAGGCAGGCAAGGCAGGCAAGGCAGGCGAGUA